AUGGCCAACAAAAAAGCGUGCGUUACUACUGCAAUUUUCACAGAAUGGCUUAAUCGAUAUUUUGUGCCGCAAGUUAAAAAAUAUUUGCUGGAUAAAGGUCUCGAGUUCAAAGUGAUUUUGCUUAUCGAUAACGCGCCAGGUCAUCCGCAUAAAGAACAAGCCAAUGUCGAGAUAGUGUUUCUCCCACCAAAUACAAACAGCAUUUUGCAACCAUUGGACCAGGGCAUUAUCUGCAAUUUUAAAAAACAUUAUGUAAAGUUGACCUUUCAGCAUAUUUUGGACAAGAUAGAGAAUGAAGAAAUAGCAGUUACAGAUGCCUGGGAAAAAUGUUCGAUUUUGGACUGCAUAGAUCAUGCUGGCAUGGCAGUUAAAGCUAUAAAACCACGGACUUUAAAUACUUGCUGGAAAACGGUUUGGCCAGAAUGCGAUCAAAGGGGAAGUCUAUCAGAAGAAAUAUCAGUAUCAGAAAUUAUAUCUUUAGGUCAUGAAAUUGGUGGAGAGGGGUUUCAAACAUUAUGCAACGAAGAUAUUGAUGAGCCACUUUUGGACCCAGCGCUAAAUGAUGAAGCCUUAAUGGAAAUCAUUGCUGGUGAUUCUGGAAAAAACAUCGAAUCGGAAGAUGAAAUAACACCAUUUACGUCACAUGUGAAUCGAAAAGGAAUUUAG